AUGAGCAUCCUACAGAAAAUAGCCGAAAUAGAAGCAGAGAUGGCUAGGACACAGAAAAACAAAAAUACCAUGGGUCAUUUAGGAUUAUUAAAGGCUCGGUUGGCUAAACUUAGACGAGAACUUAUUGAACCCAAAGGUGGUACUGGCGGAGGUGGAGAAGGUUUUGAUGUUGCUAAAACGGGAGAUGCACGUAUCGGUUUUGUGGGUUUCCCAUCAGUCGGAAAGUCAACACUUUUGUGCAAUUUGGCCGGUGUCUAUUCUGAAGUGGCUGCCUAUGAGUUCACAACCCUUACCACUGUGCCAGGCGUUAUUAGGUACAAAGGAGCUAAAAUUCAACUACUUGAUCUACCCGGUAUCAUAGAAGGUGCCAAAGAUGGAAAGGGUAGAGGAAAACAGGUGAUAGCUGUUGCCCGAACGUGCACUCUCAUUCUCAUGGUGCUAGAUGUCCUUAAGCCUUUACAACACAAAAAGCUUCUAGAAAACGAAUUAGAGGGAUUUGGUAUCAGAUUAAACAAAAGUCCUCCUAACAUUACAUUACGCCGUAAAGAAAAAGGAGGCCUGAAUAUUCAAAGUUUAGUCCCUCAAUCUGAAUUAGAUAAAGAAGUAAUAAAAACUAUUUUAAGUGAAUAUAAAAUACACAAUGCAGAUGUCUCACUUAGAUGCGAUGCAACUGCUGAAGAUCUAAUUGAUGUGAUUGAAGGAAGUCGUGUUUAUAUUCCGUGUAUAUAUGUUCUCAACAAAAUUGAUCAGAUUACCAUUGAGGAGUUAGAUAUCAUUUGUCGUGUUCCUCAUUGUGUGCCCAUUUCAGCUCAUCACAAAUGGAAUUUUGAUGAUCUACUUGAGCUAAUAUGGGAGUAUUUAAACUUGAUAAGAAUUUACACAAAACCCAAAGGGCAGUUGCCUGAUUACAACUCUCCGGUUAUUUUGAGAUCUGCUGCGCAUACUGUUGAGGACUUUUGCAAUAAAUUGCACAAGACUUUAAUCAAGGAAUUUAAGUAUGCCUUUGUUUGGGGUUCUUCAGUAAAACAUCAACCACAGCGUGUAGGUAAAGAUCAUAUACUUCACGAUGAAGAUGUAGUACAAAUUGUUAAAAAAGUUUGA